UUACCCCUCUGUUUAAUCCCCCUAGGCUCCAGAACAUUCCUGAUGGGCAGCCCUGAACUGCUGUCCGACCUUAGCUCUAAAAGCCUAAAGGUCACUUCCAAAGCUAAGCACUGUGUCUCCUGGGGAAGGUGUGCGGUCACCUGCGGUGUUUUCACGCUGAUGAGGCCGCCGCGCAGAGGCUGGCACGCGCCCUGGAAAGCCCUCCUUCUCCAGGCACGACGAGGGCCGGGGGGCCAGCCCCGCGACCGGAGCGUCCAGGUGCGCCCCUGGCAGGACACACCAGUCCUAAAGGGCCAGAAAGCUUGGAUAGAGAAAACCUUUUGCAAACGGGAAUGUAUCUUUGUAAUUCCCAGCACAAAAGACCCUAACAGGUGUUGCUGUGGACAGCUCAUCAACCAGCAUAUCCCCCCUCUGCCAGGCGCAACACCCAGCAAAAAUGGAGAGGAGCACAAACAGGUGGAGACUCAGCCCGAGAAGUGGGCUGUCAGCAAGCACACCCAGAGCUACCCAACAGAUUCCUAUGGAAUUCUGGAAUUCCAGGGUGGCGGAUACUCCAACAAAGCCAUGUACAUCCGGGUAUCCUACGACACCAAACCGGAUGCUCUGCUUCAUCUCAUGGUGAAAGACUGGCAGCUGGAACUCCCCAAGCUCUUAAUAUCCGUGCAUGGAGGCCUGCAGAACUUUGAGAUGCAGCCCAAGCUGAAGCUGGUCUUCGGGAAAGGCCUGAUCAAGGCAGCCAUGACCACGGGGGCCUGGAUCUUCACGGGGGGCGUCAGCACCGGUGUCAUCAGCCACGUGGGGGAUGCCUUGAAAGACCACUCCUCCAAAUCCAGAGGCCGGGUUUGUGCCAUAGGAAUCGCUCCCUGGGGCAUGGUGGAGAAUAAGGAAGACCUGGUUGGAAAGGAUGUAACGAGAGUGUAUCAGACCAUGUCCAACCCUCUAAGUAAGCUCUCUGUGCUCAACAACUCCCAUACCCACUUUAUCCUGGCCGACAACGGCACCCUGGGCAAAUAUGGCGCCGAGGUGAAGCUGCGAAGGCAGCUGGAGAAGCACAUCUCUCUGCAGAAGAUCAACACAAGACUGGGCCAGGGCGUGCCUGUCGUGGCCCUCGUGGUGGAAGGCGGCCCUAAUGUGGUCUCCGUGGUCUUGGAAUACCUGCGCGAAGACCCUCCAGUCCCCGUGGUGGUCUGUGACGGCAGCGGACGAGCCUCGGACAUUCUGUCCUUUGCACACAAGUACAGUGAAGAAGGAGGGGUCAUAAAUGAGUCGCUCAGGGACCAGCUUCUAGUCACCAUUCAGAAAACGUUUAAUUACAGCAAGACCCAGUCGCAUCAGCUGUUUGCAAUUAUCAUGGAGUGCAUGAAGAAGAAGGAACUCGUCACCGUGUUUAGAAUGGGUUCGGAGGGCCAGCAAGACGUGGAGAUGGCGAUUUUAACAGCCCUGCUGAAAGGAACGAACGCUUCGGCUCCAGAUCAGCUGAGCCUGGCCCUGGCCUGGAACCGUGUGGACAUCGCCCGGAGCCAGAUCUUUGUCUUUGGGCCCCACUGGCCGCCCCUGGGUAGCCUGGCACCCCCAACAGACAGCAAAGCCACAGAGAAGGAGAAGAAGCCACCCACGGCCACCACCAAGGGGAGAGGAAAAGGAAAAGGCAAGAAGAAGGGGAAAGGGAAAGAGGAAGCAGAGGAAGAAACGGACCCCCGGAAGCUGGAGCUGCUGAACUGGGUGAAUGCAUUGGAGCAAGCCAUGCUGGACGCCUUAGUCUUAGAUCGCGUGGAGUUUGUGAAGCUCCUGAUUGAAAACGGAGUGAACAUGCAGCACUUCCUCACCAUCCCCAGGCUGGAGGAGCUUUACAACACGAGACUGGGCCCACCCAACACACUUCACCUGCUGGUGCGGGACGUGAAAAAGAGCAAUCUCCCGCCUGAUUACCACAUCAGCCUCAUAGACAUAGGGCUCGUGCUGGAGUACCUCAUGGGCGGGGCCUACCGCUGCAACUACACCCGGAAAAGCUUUCGGACCCUUUACAACAACUUGUUUGGACCAAAGAGGCCUAAAGCUCUUAAACUCCUGGGAAUGGAAGAUGACGAGCCUCCCGCCAAAGGGAAGAAAAAGAAGAAGAAGAAGAAGGAGGAGGAGAUCGACAUCGACGUGGACGACCCCGCCGUGAGCCGCUUCCAGUACCCCUUCCACGAGCUCAUGGUGUGGGCGGUGCUGAUGAAACGCCAAAGGAUGGCCGUCUUCCUCUGGCAGCGAGGCGAGGAGAGCAUGGCCAAGGCGCUGGUGGCCUGCAAGCUCUACAAGGCCAUGGCCCACGAGUCCUCGGAAAGCGAGCUGGUCGACGACAUCUCCCAGGACCUGGACAACAACUCCAAAGACUUCGGCCAGCUUGCUGUGGAGCUGUUGGACCAGUCGUACAAGCACGAUGAGCAGAUUGCCAUGAAACUUUUGACCUACGAGCUGAAAAACUGGAGCAACUCGACCUGCCUCAAACUGGCUGUUGCAGCCAAACACCGGGACUUCAUUGCACACACCUGCAGCCAGAUGCUGCUGACUGACAUGUGGAUGGGGAGGCUUCGAAUGAGGAAAAACCCUGGCCUGAAGGUUAUCAUGGGAAUUCUUCUCCCCCCCACCAUCCUGUUUUUGGAAUUCCGCACGUAUGAUGAUUUCUCCUACCAGACAUCCAAGGAAAAUGAAGACGGCAAAGAGAAAGAGGAGGAGAAUAUGGAUGCAAAUGCAGAUGCUGGCUCCAGAAAGGGGGAUGAGGAGAAUGAGCACAAAAAGCAAAAAAGUAUUCCCAUUGGAACCAAGAUCUGCGAAUUCUACAAUGCUCCCAUCGUCAAGUUCUGGUUCUAUACAAUUUCCUACCUGGGCUACCUCCUGCUGUUUAACUAUGUCAUCCUGGUGCGCAUGGAUGGCUGGCCCUCCCUCCAGGAGUGGAUCGUCAUCUCCUACAUCGUGAGCCUGGCGUUAGAGAAAAUCCGAGAGAUUCUCAUGUCAGAACCAGGCAAACUCAGACAAAAAAUAAAAGUCUGGCUUCAGGAGUACUGGAACAUCACCGAUCUCGUGGCCAUUUCCAUGUUCAUGAUCGGAGCAAUCCUUCGCCUGCAGAACCAGCCGUACAUGGGCUACGGCCGGGUGAUCUACUGUGUGGAUAUCAUCCUCUGGUACAUCCGGGUCCUGGACAUUUUUGGAGUCAACAAGUACCUGGGGCCCUACGUGAUGAUGAUUGGAAAGAUGAUGAUCGACAUGCUAUAUUUUGUGGUCAUCAUGCUGGUGGUGCUGAUGAGUUUCGGAGUGGCCCGUCAAGCCAUUUUGCACCCAGAGGAGAAGCCUUCUUGGAAGCUGGCCCGAAAUAUCUUCUACAUGCCCUACUGGAUGAUCUAUGGAGAGGUGUUUGCAGACCAGAUAGACCUCUACGCCAUGGAAAUUAAUCCUCCUUGUGGUGAAAACCUCUAUGACGAGGACGGCAAGAGGCUCCCCCCCUGCAUCCCGGGCGCAUGGCUCACGCCAGCCCUCAUGGCCUGCUACCUCCUGGUAGCCAACAUCCUGCUGGUCAACCUGCUGAUCGCUGUUUUCAACAACACCUUCUUCGAAGUCAAGUCCAUAUCCAACCAGGUGUGGAAGUUCCAGCGCUACCAGCUGAUCAUGACGUUCCACGACAGGCCGGUGCUGCCCCCGCCCAUGAUCGUCCUGAGCCACCUCUACAUCAUCGUCGUGCGGCUCAGCGGCCGCUGCCGCAAGAAGCGCGAGGGGGACCAGGAGGAACGCGACCGAGGCCUGAAGCUCUUCCUCAGCGACGACGAGCUGAAGCGGCUGCACGAGUUCGAGGAGCAGUGCGUGCAGGAGCACUUCCGGGAGAAGGAGGACGAGCAGCAGUCGUCCAGCGACGAGCGCAUCCGGGUCACGUGCGAGAGAGUUGAAAAUAUGUCAAUGAGGUUGGAAGAAAUCAAUGAAAGAGAGAAUUUUAUGAAAACGUCCCUACAGACGGUUGACCUUCGGCUCUCUCAGCUGGAAGAGUUAUCCAGCAGAAUGGUCAAUGCUCUGGAAAAUCUUGCCGGGAUCGACAAGGCUGAGCUGACCCAGACGCGGUCGCGGGCUUCCUCUGAGUGCGAUGUGACUUACCUGCUCCGGCAGAGCAGCGUCAACAGCGCCGACGGCUACAGCAUGUGUCGGUAUCAUUUCAAUGGAGAGGAGCUACUGCUUGAGGACCCGUCUCUCUCCAUGUCUCCAGGGCCAGGAUUCAGGAAAAGAGCCUGUUCCUUCCGUGUGAAGGAAGAGAAGGAUGUGAAGACGCACCUCGUCCCGGAACGGCAGGGCAGCCUUCACCUGCCGUCAGGCACGCCUGCGGCACCAGAUGGCAGUCGGCUGGUUGUAGCCGACGGUAAGAACACUUCAGAGCCCAAAUUAGGUCCAGAUAUCGGGAUUUCAACAGAAGAUGAAAGGCAGGCGGACCCUAAAAGAGAAGAAACUGCUUCCCCAAGUUUAAAUCAAACAGAUGUCGGGCAUGGGCAGAACAAAUCAGAUUUUCAAAACACUCAGCUGACAGUGGAAACGACAAAAAUAGAAGGCAGCAUUUCCUAUCCCUUGGAAGAAACCACAGUCACACGCUAUAACCCAGAUGAAACGUUCAAUGCCUGCAAAACAGUGAAGUCCAGAAGCUUCAUCUAUUCCCAUGGACGACAGCUGGUCAGCGGCGUUAACCAGUGGAGUGCAGAGUACAGCUCCAUCAUGGACCAAGCGUGCCCCUCCGCAGCGCAACAGUGGACGACAGAAUGGAAGUACCAGGUGCAAAAGAUCACGCGUUCGCGCAGCACGGACAUCCCUGCCAUCGUGUCGGAAGCUGCAGUGCAAGCCGAGCAGAGAGAGCAGUCUACAGACACCGAAGACGAGAACAGUGCGCCUCAGACAGUCCCUCGAAUCGCCCGUCUAUCCCUCGCAGUCACCGACAGGACUGGGAAGGGAAACCUGCUGUCUGUGAAACCAGAGCAAACUCUGGGAUUCCCGUCGCUCAGGUCCAAAAGUUUACAUGGCCACCCAAGGGGCGUGAGGUCCCUCCAGCACAGAUUAGACAGGCCAGGCCACGCCAGCAGUGUGACCAACUUGGUCGUUGUAUCUGGAGUUACGACGGAAGAACCAAAGGUGAAGCAAGAGAAAACUUCCCCAGAAACUGAAUGCUAACCCGUUGUGUGUGUGUGUGUGUUUUUUUAAAUCAGAGCCACUAAAAGGUCCCCCCUUGGUCAUCCAAAUAUCACUGAAAACAUUUUCAUUUUUUCCCAAAGAUUUAUUUAUUUGAAAGGCAGAGUUAUAUAUAGAGAGAGAGAUCUCCCAUCCACUGGUUCACUCCCUAAAUGGCCUCAAUAGCCAGGGCUGGACCAGGCUGAAGCCAGGAGCCAGGAGCUCCAUCCAGAUCUCCCACGUGGGGCAGGGGCCCAAGCACUUGGGCCAUCCCCUCCACUGCUUUCUCAGGCACCUUAGCAGCGAGCUAGAUCAGAAGUGGAGCAGCUGGGACUCAAACGGGCGCCCAUAUGGGAUGCUGGCUUUGCAGGCCAAUGUCUUAGCCCGUUGCACCAUAUUGCUGGCUCCACAUUUUCAUUUUUAAAACCUAGAAAUUUUGACUGAAGUUAAAAUGUAAUGGGCUGAAUUAAAGUCGUAUUUUGUUAGCAUAUGUUAGUAGUUUUUUGUUUGUUUGUUUGUUUUAGUUAGGUUAGGAUCAAACGAAAGUGACAAUACUCCAGUGCACACAGACUGAUUCAUCAGUGUACAAGAUUGUAUUACCAAAUAGCCUAAGAAGUGCCUGCGGGCACAUGAGCCUCCAGCAGGUCACUUAAAGAGCAAGCAACCAUGUAAGACAGAGAAUUAAAGAGAAGGCAAAACACAAGAAAAGGAGGGGCGUGGGGAGAUGGGGAGCUGGAAAACAGAAUUAUAAGGUGCAAGAAGGGAGAUGUGGGGAGCAGCCACAAACAGCAGAUGUUUCUUUAUGGGGCUUUUUUGUUUGUUUUAUGUCUCAGUGUUUUUAAGUUACACAACAGGGUGGGGGAGGGGAUGCCCAAUGAUAUCCAACAGCACACUCUUAGAACUUAGGGUGGCCAAGAGUUUUGUUAAUGUGUAAAAAUAAAGUGUGCAAGAUA